AUCUUAAAUUGUAUCUCUCUUCCUCCCUUUUUCUAAUGAGUUCUUGUAGAUAUACCGGAGCUUGUCCAUGGAUCGCUUUAAAAGUAAUUAUAAUAAUCUUAAAAUGAAUCCUAACUUCUACUGGAAGCCAAUGAAGCGUACACAGAAUUGGUGAGAUGUGAUAAAACUUUGGAAUCUUAAAAAUAAGUCUUGCUGGGGAAUUCUGGAGCCGUUGUAACUUUGCUAUUUGUACAUGUACAUAUGAAAUACAAUUCUUCAUGCACUGGAUAACAUGGUUGCUUAAAAUCAGACACUCCUAGACCAUAGCGUGUUUGACUUGUUGUACUGCUUCUCUUUGUUUGUUAGUGUCAGAAGGCAAGAGAGCAUCUGGAUUGACAGCAGUAUGGGUGGCUCGCAAUAGAUUUGCAGUGUUGGACAGGACACACACAGUAAGGGUCUUUACUCUUGUGAUGGUAACCUGUUUCUUUAGGCUCAAUAUUUAAAUAGUAAACCUUUUUUUUUAAACAAAGAUCCACUCCUGGAUCAGUCUGUCACUUGUGAUAAACUCUUCAGUAUUUACAACUGACUUAGCAAAUCCACAGAGCGCUCUGAAAAAUGAUACUCUUUUGUUGUAUGGGUGGUCACCUUCCUUAGAUAGAUGUUAUUGGUUUCCUGAUCCUGUAAGUAUUUCAGUUUUUCCAAAUGAAAUCUUGAUACAGCUAAGGCUGUAUUUUUUCACAAAAGUGAAAACUGGCAGACUGUUUUUUCUGCCUCCUGCUACAGGACUUUCCAUCAUGCUUUGAGCACAUGCUGUUGUAUCCCAAGCAGGGUACAAGUGCUCAAAUGUGUCAUGAUUGGGAUACAUUUGAUUUUAGUCAAGGCCACAUGACCAAGAAUCAACCAAUGGCAGUCUCUGCUUAGUAGAGUGAAAGUCUAGGAGUAUAACAAUCACUGUUGUUCAUUCUCAAACAUUACCUUUUUCUGAACAGAUAAUGGAGCCAUUAGGUUUCAAUGGUAAUUUCCACAAAUUAGAAUUUAGGGAAAUUUUGUGAAAAGGUUAACUACUUUACAGAAGCAAAACAUUGUCAGGUGCAUUUGACUUGUCACAGAGUUAAGUAGCAAGAUGGUUGUUUUGCCACUCCCUUUUAGCUGCUUAUCAAGAAUCUGAAGAAUGAAGUAACUAAAAAAGUUCAGACUCCUCCUUGUGAGAUGAUUUUCUAUGCUGGUACUGGAAGCCUUCUUUUAAGAGAUAGCGAUUCUGUUACCCUGUUUGAUGUGCAGCAGAAGAGGUGUGUAAAUUGUACUUAAAUUAUCACUUUAAACCCUUGACUUCUGUCAGUAAUAAUUACAUUUGAAAAAAUAAGAAACUUCAGUUGGUCUUGGUGAUGCUUUUAGUCAGUUUAUUGAUGGUAUUGAUAUUAUUUCUGUGCAUUUACACACUGUGACUUUGAUAACAGUAAAAUACAAUAAUUAAAUACAAAGAUGAUCAUCGAGGCUCCUAUUCCAGUAAAAGUGCAUGUACAAUCUGCAGACCCCGAAGUAGUAACUUUGUAUUGUUUUGUUUUUUCUUCUCUUAUCUUUACAGAUCCCUUGCAUCGGUGAAAGUGAACAAGGUGCGAUAUGUUGUGUGGUCUUCAGAUAUGGCUUAUGUUAGCUUGUUAGGAAAACAUGGUAAGUCCAAGUUAGAAAUUUGCUUGAUAGCUGUUGCCCUUUUAAAAGGCCACCUUGUCUGUAUGUUCUGUCUUAGACAGCACAUGAUAGAUUCGUUUACUAUACUUUGCAUAAACAACAUUUGCUGCUUACCAGUAGUUUUUCAACAUGUAGAAAGCUCAAGGUUGAACAUGUUCAUGUUACUUUGCAGUUGUUGCCAUUUGUAAUCGAAAACUGGAGUGCUUAUGUACCAUCCAUGAGAACAUCCGUGUAAAGAGUGGAGCAUGGGAGGAAAAUGGAGUGUUUGUUUACACCACUAGCAACCAUAUCAAAUAUGCACUAACUAAUGGGUGAGCUUAAUUAUGUUGUUUCUGUUUGUGUCUGUUUUUAUUAUUAAGGUUGAUAACACACCUCUGGCUGUUAUUUCAACGUGGCCUGGUGAACACAUUUUUUGUUUAAAUCUGCAAUUUUGUUAGAUAAAAGUGUGAGGUGGUAGCAAAAUUUCUGGAUCCCAACAAUUUUUCUCAACAGAGACGGCCGUUUGUAUUGGCAAACAAUGGAAGGAAAGUAAAGCCUAUCGUGCACAAGAAAAUCAUGCAUUUCGAUGUUUUAUUUUUUCCUGCCAUAUUUGCAGGACCAAAGUUUGAUGAGAUCCAGAAAUUUUGCUACCAUGGCAAUGUGACGUAAUGACUUUUCCUCUCUAUUAUUUUUGAUUGGAAAAAGGGUUUUUGUUUCUUUUUAUUGGCCUAGAUAAAUAUAUACCUGUGCUUAUUAUACCACAAAUAAAGUACUUGAGUCGUAUUUGCAACUUCCUCCAACAUUAAUGCUGUGAGAAACCUUUUGCUUUGAAAUCCAGUCACAGUUCAGAUCUGCCACUCAUUGCUUCUCUCAUCUCUCACUUUUUGCCCUUAGUGGCAGGAAGUGAUACGAGGUGCCUGUAUUUGCAGGCUAUAAUUAUAGUCAUGUUACUUUAUCAAUGUGAAACUUCAAGCUCAGGUGUUAGAAAAUUACUUUUUGCUAUUGCCUGCCAAUAGAAUUGAUGAAUCCUUGUUUUACAUGCAACCUCCAUGCUUUAAAGAAGUGUUACAAAUAGGUUUGAUGUUGACCCUCUGUAGCUAAUGUGUGCAUGAUGUGUGGUAUUUUUAUAGUGAUCAUGGAAUUAUUCGUACUCUUGACCUUCCCAUCUACAUUACGAGAGUCAAGGUAAGAUUGCUUUUCAGAAAAUGUCAUAGGUGCGGCUCCCACUAUACUUGGUACAGGAGAGUUUUAGAUUUGACGACAGCAACAGAAACGGAAACGUCACUCAAAAAAUGAAUUUGCACUGCGUCAAACUCCUUCACUCUUAUUCCACCUCCUUCAAUGUCUCUGAUGUUGGAAAAUUUUCCUGGAUUUGAAUUCCAAAAGACUACAUCUAAGUUGAGAAGAAGAAAAAUCAAAUCGUUUUCUUGUCUUCAAGUCUUUCGUAAGACAUGAAAUUAGGAUGUUUCAUGCCAUAAUCUUGCAACAACAGCAAAGAAAUGUACAAAAAAGUGUGAUGCACAUCCAGAGUUGUUGUCUUGCCAAUCUAUACCUAUUGCUUUUUUGCUGUUGUUGUUGCCGUUGCUGUAGUUGUUGCUAAGGCUCCCUACGAACCCUUGACCAUGCGGGUUACCGGCGUUUCCAGUUUGACUUUGAUAAGCUGGUUCAAGUUUCUUGGCUCGCUAGAUAAACUGAAGUCUCUUACUCACCUGGUUUGUCUUGUUGUAACAUGCUGGGUCUUCUGACUUCAACAUGAACCAUGUAUAAUUACUGAAAGAAAAGAAUUACAGUGUCUUUUUGCUGUCAAGUUUAUUAUAUAUUCUUUUUUGUGCAUCUUGACUUGCUUUGGUUGACAUUGUCAGAGAGUUGUUUGUCCUGAGUAAAAGAUUAGUAAGGACCUUUUUGAUGCAGGUUUCUUGUAACAAAGACAAAGUAGUUGUUAUAUUCUGUCUCGUGAUGUAGUCUCUUUAGAUUUAGAAAGCAAAAUUUCAACUGCUUACUGUCAGUCUUCUUUUAUAUGUCCUAUAUUCUCAGCUUCAGCAGUCAGGAAAAAGACUCUUCCUUUUUAACCUAAAAAUACAUUAUCUAAGUUAUUUAGCAGUUUAAAGUAAAAAGUGAUAUUCAUCAGUGUAGAGAAGCAUAACAGAUUGAAACCAAUAUUAAUUUCUGUCUUUUACCUCUGCAGGGAAGUAGUGUUUACUGUCUUGACCGUGAGUGUAAAACCAGAGUUCUUGGAAUAGAUCCCACAGAGUUCAAAUUCAAACUGGCUCUGAUUAAUCGCAAGUAUGAUGAGGUAAGUGUGUGGCUGAAGUUUGAUACUAUUUUUUUUAGGAAAAUAGUGACUUAUCUUGUAGAUCAAUUCAGUAAAUUUAGUGAAUUAAAUGUGUGUAUUGUCUUCUUUAGGUGCUGCACAUGGUGAGAAAUGCAAAGCUUGUUGGACAAUCUAUCAUCUCUUACCUGCAGAAAAAAGGCUAUCCAGAAGUGAGUGGUUUUCUCUCACUUUUUUGCCUAUUACUGUACCCUCAAACUUCCUAAAUAUGGACAGCAAAUAGACAAAGUCAAGUGUUCACACUACAGAUAUGUCCUUAUCAUAGUUUGUAAUGCACAGAACUGUCUCUAAGAGAGAGGAGUCUGUAUUAUGGAGUUGUCCAGGAGGAGGGGCUUGACUGUUUUUAUCAUUUUGAUCUGUCAUUUCUGAUUCAAAUUCAGCUGCAUUUUUAUGGUUUUGUGAAUUCUGUAGCUGAGAUUUCUUUAGUAAUUGCUUUAAUUUGCAGCUAGUAAUGCCAGUGUUAUUGUCAUAGAAGUUUACCUGUCCUCUAAUGACAUUUGUUGUUUGUAAUGUAUGUUUCCCAUAAUUUUAGUAUUUAUUAAUUUACACAGUCCGGAAUAUCCCUAAAUUUAAGGACAGGGCCAACUGGUCACGCGACACUUUUCAACCAAUGAGACGGCGCGCUUGUGUUUAUCAACAAACAAAUCAAAACAUCGCCCCAGUGAUCAAAAAUUUUCAAAACAACGGACGGAGUCGGACAGAAUUAAAGAUGAGCUUACAGUACUCGCCUAGGUUUCACAUUUAAUAUUUCAGAGAAAACAUUUUAUGUAAGAGAAUAAGAGCAUUAAUCAUUGCAAGGAACGAAUCAUUGGGGUGUUCUAACUGAUUCCGGACCGAUCGCAGAGGUCCUGGCUUCACUGGCAUGGCUUGCAAGAUUUUUGAUAGAAGCAAACUAGUCCCGUGAAAAAUAGCCUUAGAGAGAGCGUGAAAAUUUGUUGAGAUCGUACAAAACAGGAUUGGUACUACCUAUUAACUUCUACAGGACAAGAAUCAAAGAAUCAGUCAUCAUAACAAGAAUAGAAAGUAGUUCAAAUUUAUUAAUUCUUCUUGUUUGUGUUUUGUGUUGUUUCGUGUUGACUUCACGCAUCUGGUGCUUUCUUUGCUUGCUGUAGUACCUGCAAUGUUUUAAUUUUAUCCCAGAUAAUCAGUGCAUGUUCAAUGAGUAGCGAAAUACAUCAUUUAGAAUUGAGAUUUGCCUUGUUUCUUUUAUUGUUUUUUAACGGUGGAUGAACAUUUGGAGAAUGCAACAACAUUAAAUCUUUCCAGAUUAGUGAAUUUCAGAAACAAAGCGGUUAGUAUCUACGUUGCGCUUAUGAUCUUCAAAUUUCAUCCCCGCAAAUUCGGCAAAGUGAGGCGAAAUGUUGGACGUGAAUAUCCAUAAGACUAAUAAAGUUGUUUUGGCCUUGAAAAGAAAAAAGGCAAAGGCUCGUACUAAUGCGAAAAAAAGUAAUAACACGGCUCUGUGAGAAACCCGGGAGUGAAAAAAGUACGUGUUUUGGACCUCGGAAUUCAAAAAUUGUCUACCAAAUUCUAGGUUGUCUACCAUCCCCACAUUCAACAUGAUAAAAGUUAAUCGAUAGGACAAUCGAGGAAAAAUAUCUAGAACUUCGUAAAAAAUCUGUGAAUCGAAAAAAUAAUAGACACUUGUUCACCUACCUUGAAAACCGACCAAAAUCUCGCCUACACAUCACGUUGUUUAAAGGAUAAAAGAAGAAAUAAGCCACAAAAUGUGCUGAAUAUUUCACGAGACACUUCCAAUAUCGCUUCCGAUACGCUGUCCACUUAAAAAAAUUGUGUAUGCCUCAUGAAAAGGCCCAAGUCUUUAAAAUAUGCCUGAGAGCCUCGAAAUGAUGACUGAUUCUGUCCGCCUCCGUCCGUUGUUUUGAAAAUUUUUGAUCACUGGGGCGAUGUUUUGAUUUGUUUGUUGAUAAACACAAGCGCGCCCUCUCAUUGGUUGAAAAGUGUCGCGUGACCAGCUGGCCCUGUCCUUAAAUUUAGGGAUAUUCCGGACUGUUACACACUGAUUGUUGUUACUCAUUUACUGUAUCUUCAUCAGUUCUUUUGGAAUUAAUUGUCAUAGCUGUGCGUGUAUAGCCAUCAUGAGUUGUAAUUGAGGAAGCCGUAUGUUGCGGUUUCUAUUCAAGGUUUCCUCACCACUAUAUUCUAUAGUGUAUUUUUCUUUCCUUUUUUGUACAUUUUGUGUGGCAAAAAUAAAUAGAUAAAAAUAAAUAAAUAAAUUGUUUUGUUCUUCAAGGUUGCUCUACAUUUUGUGAAAGAUGAGAAAACUAGGUUUGGAUUGGCCCUGGAAUGUGGUAACAUUGAGGUAAGUACCUGGGCUUUUACUGUCUACCACUUAGUCUCCAGUAUUAAAAUACAUGUAUGAAUUAUGUUUAUUGCUUUUGUACAUUUUUCUUAGCAUAAAUCAAUAAAAUAUAUGAUGCUAAUUCCUGCUGGAAGGUGAGCCAAAGGGACAGCUGUGUAGGACACUAGUGUUCAAGUUAAUUAAUUAAGUAACUAUACAUCUGUAUUUUUUUGGCAGGUUGCCUUGGAAGCAGCUCGGAGUCUUGAUGAUAAAGCUUGUUGGGAGAGACUAGGAGCUGCUGCUCUGACACAGGGAAACCAUCAGGUACAGAACUGGUAAACUCCAAUACACUCUUUGUACAACAAAUAAAAAUCCUAUUAUAGUUCCAUAGUUGUUCUAUUCCUAUUCCUAUUCCCAUUUCUAUUCUGGGAUUGUCCUCCAGGAUUGUCCCAUUGUCCCAUGGUAUGUUGCCUGCUCAAAGUGUGGCAAAAUGUGUGAACAAUUCAUAACAAGUUUAGUUUGGUUUCAUGCUUUAAUUGAUUGAGCAGUAUGAUAAGGGAAGGUCCAUUAGAAAAAUGAUGGGGGUGGGGGAGAUUCUGCUUUGCAAGUAAAUUCUUUUGUUUCACCGUGUGUGUAUUUUUCCCUUGCUUGUAUGUACGUUUUUCUGCAUGUUCCCGCUGUAUGUAUUUUUUAAAAUUCAUGUGAAUUUUUCUUGGGUGGAUUUUUUUCCCACCCCGGUCCUUCGCUUUCUGUCCCUAAGUUGUUAUGAAGUAUUAACUGCUAUGGUGCAUCAGUUAAUUCAAGUAACAUGUACUUUAAUUUGUUGUUUAACAGGUUGUAGAAAUGGCUUACCAAAGGACCAAGAACUUUGACAAAUUGUCUUUCCUCUACUUGAUAACUGGAAACCUUGAAAAACUCAGCAAGAUGACCAAGAUUGGUAAGGAGCAGUUUCUACUGCUUUGCACUACAUGUGUGUCUGUAACACUGGACAUCUUCCCCCACCCCACCCCACCCCACCCUACCACCCAAAAAUGAAAGAACAUGACAAUUGCCAAAGGCUCCAAGAUAAUAAGCAAUGCAUGGACUCAAAGUGUAUGGCUAUGCUACUGAUUUUGAAAAUGUCUCCACUAUUAUGAAAAGAUAUAACUGAAUAAUUUAUGACGGUAUAAAGACCACUUUGCAGGAAGGUUGUUGCAAAUGUAGACAACAAUUUUUGCAAACUCCAAAAAUGAGCAAGUUUCCUUAUCAUCAUUACUUCAUAUCAGAGACUGUAAUUUGGUCAAUUGACGUUUUCUGUCUUACACCUUUUAACCAGAGAAUGUUGUUGAGCUUAUUAUUUGUUUUUUUUGUAAAGUCUUCCUUUUGUUUGUUUGUUUAGCUGAAAUCCGUAAGGACAUGAGUGGCCAGUAUCACAAUGCCUUGUACACUGGUGAUGUGGAGGAGAGAAUCAAGAUCCUAAAAACCCUUGGUCAAGGUACAUGUAGUGUCAUUUAACUGGAAUUCCUAUUAGUAGUUUUAAUGAGUUCAAGAUUUUGAUAUUAGAAAUACUCCCCCCCCCCUAAAAAAAAAUACUUGGACAUCAAAAUUAAUAAGCUGCUGAGUAUGUUCUUAUUGUCUGCAGGUCAUUAUUAUCUCAUUCCUUUUACCUGCUUUGUUUUGACAUCUUUCUGUAGGAUCACUGGCCUACUUAACCGCAGCUACACAUGGAUUAGCAGAGGAAUGUGAGGAAAUCAAAGAAACGUUUGGUCUGGACCCAGAGACUGUAAGUGAAUACUGGAAAUGAUCCUCCUAGUCUUCCUUAAUUGGACCAAAACUGCCAGGAAUUUGUUGUUGUUAUGUUGAUGGACUCCAGCUACCUUACAAUUCCUCAAGCUUAAAUUGUUUUUCUUUUCAUUUGACAUUAAUUUUUUCCUAAAUAAGUUAAUAAUUGAAUUUUUUUUUUCCUGUUCAGUUGCCUCCUAUUAACCCAAGUGCCAAACUUUUACAACCACCACUACCAAUCCUACAGAAUGAAGGCAACUGGCCUCUACUUACUGUUGCUAAGACCUUCUUUGAGGGGGCUAUGGCUGCCAAAGGUAAGUUAAACAUACGCAAAGGGAUAAGGUUUGGAAUUGGCUAACAUGUCAUAAUUGAUGAUCAGAAAUAAUCAGAUUGACCCACCCAGUCAAUUGUUGAUUAUGAUUUAUUUGGGAAAAUAUCCAUAAGAAUUCCAUUCAGGAUGGCUGCUGUACCAUGUUUUAGAACCUGACAAACACAUGAAAUGUAUCAGAAAAGGGACUUCAGUGGAUUUGACCCUGCUCGCCAGAGAGUUCCAGUAGCGGAGAAAUAAGAGCUUCCGAUAUUAGAACUCAGAGGGUUGUGAGUUUAGUUCUUGCCUGGAGCUUAGACUUUUUCUGUGCUUUCCGGUCGUCAAAUUCUCUUUCUUCUUUAAUUUUGAGACCAUUAAAAAGACAACAUGUUUUGCCAACAAGAAUUUUUUUUCCUGCUAUACUGGAUUGAUUAUUUUCUAUGGUCAAUUACUGCAUAGUGUAAAGAUUUCCAUCAAUGUUCGAUUAUAAUCAGUGAUCGGCACACCACCACUUAGUGAUCUAUCCUGGUUACUUAUAUGUUUUGGAUUUUUUCCUUGACCAUCCACAAUCCUAAGCUCUUAACCCCUUCACUGCUAACAGUGGCCAAAGUAACAGUCCAGCCAGAGUAAAAAUUUCUAACAAAAACCCCAGUGCUUGAAAGUUUUCUUUGCAACGUCCUAAGAUUUAAAUAUUAUUAUGCAAAUGUUUCACAAAAGAGGUUUAAUUGAAAUAGGAAAACCAUGGGAUUUUGUCCACUGAUUUUAAAUCUUGUGUUCCACUUUUAAAUUAUUGUAAUUUCUAGAGGGGAGAAAAGUUUAAACCACUUUUAAUGCUUCAUGAGGGGAGUACAGUUGUUAUUUGGAACAACUAUGUCUUGAAUGUAGUUUCCUACAGCAUCAAAAUAUUUCAAAACUGAAGCUUAUAUUUUACCCACAAAGCUAACUAUUUUGAUACGGCUGGGCUUAAGAAAGCUUUUUAAAGAAACCUCCAGCUCACUAUCCUAGAAAUAAUAAUAUUGCCAUAAAGGUCUAAAUGCUUAUCUUUAACAUACUUUUAAUGUAACAAAGGUAACUUAAUUUGAGAAACAAAUUCCAUGUAGCAGUGGUCAGCGCUAUGGCCUGACUGUUUCUCUGCACAGUGUCCUCAGUUGUAGUACUCUACUGUGUUUACAUCAUCCUCAGUACACUUGUAUAUUCUUACUUUAGCAGGAGAUAGAGCUGCUGCAAUGGUGGCUGCCGACAUUGAUGAGGGUGCAGGAGAAGGCUGGGGAGAAGACGCUGCACUUGUGAUUGAUGAAGGUACCAGAAAAUCUCACUUUACAGCGUGUAAAGAAAGUGGUGUCCGAUAGCCUGGGCUAGUGGAUUUUGCUAUCGGGCUAGUGAAUUCUGUUCCUAACUUGCCGGAUGGGCAAGUGAUUUUUUUGGGGGGGAAUUCAAAUUACAGAACAACUAUAAUCAAUCCUGGUCAUCAAAUUUUUUCAGGCUAGUUGAAAUGACUUUCAGGCUAGUACAUGCUAGGUACAGCUUGCCUGAAUGGCAAGCUGUAAAACUAACUUUCUUUGCACCCUGCUUUAGAAAAGUCUUUUUAAUCAUCCCAUUUCACUUUGCACUAUUUCGUAGCUAACAAUUGUUCCUCGAGCCCGAAUGGGCUCUGAUUCAAUAUCUGAAGGCUGAAUGGCCUUUUGACUCAGAGGCCAUGAGGGCAAGAGGAAUAUUGUUUUAGUAAAAUCCAACUAGUUGGUCAAAAAUAUCGAGACAAAACAACUUUUAAUUAGUUAGUUAAAGGUAGACUUCCUUUUUUGCCACCAAAAAGCCGGCGCUUUUCACUACUAGUGGGCUAUAACAUAUAGCCUAGUAGUAGCUCAACCAAUCAGAACACAGCCUUGAUAAUAGACCACUAGUUGGAUUUUACUAAUAAGUAAUAGACCUUUACCAAAUUCCUUUUCAGUGAGCAAACACAAUGGAACAAGGUCGGGGCUUGGGUAGACAACUUCCUACAAAUCACUGGAUUUUGUCAACCAAAGCUUGAGUCAGUGCCUUUGUUCACAGGAAUGUGGGAAGGGUCUCUUCAAGGGGUUAUCUUGAAAAAAUUGCCAAGUUUCUUCUGAAAAACAUUUAGAUUCUCCUUUCAUAUUGCCUUUAUUUGAGAAACAAGAGGAAAAUUUGAAAGCUCCAUGCGCUCUUGAAUCAAGUUGUUUAUCUCUUUGAAUACAGAGGGUGGUUUUGGAGAAGAGGGACUGGAUGGUGACAUUCUUGGUGGAGAUGAAGAAGGUGGUGGCUGGGAUGUUGGAGAUGAAGAUCUUGUACUUCCUCCUGACUUGGUAAGUCACUUCAAGAACUUUUAAAUGCUUUGUUAGAUGACAAAUAAUUAUUUCAAUGGUACUGAUACAAGGCCCAUGUGUACGUUUUAAGUGACUGUUGUGUUGCACGUAAAAUCCAGCCUCAGGUUAAACCUGUAUUCAGCCUAACUUGAUUGAGGAAAAACAGGAAAUCUUCCAGAUUUAGGUUACAACGGAUUUUACCUACAACAUUAUUGUACCAUUGACUAGUGCUAGAACUUGUUUAAAUGCUGUUCAGUUCAGCAUGACUUAAUUUUUUCCCUAUCCAAAGUUGCUUAUUGUUUUAGUUUGAAGAGUGCACAUUUAGCAAAAAAGCCUGCUCUGUAAUGUUUUUUAAGAAGAAGACUUUAUCACUGUGAUCUUUAGUCGAUGCUGUGUAAAGUUUAGGAAAAGGCUUGAACUGAAAAUUGUUUUUAAAUGUCCUUAUGGUCUGCUUUGAUAUGUGAGAGCUUGAAACGUGGUUGAUGGCUACCUUUAUAUAUGGAUUAAAAGGAUUAUAUGAGUUUAGCUACCGGUAAAUCUAAAUAUGAACUUAAAGUGGAUAGGACUAUCCACUGGAUAAAUUGCAAUGCAGUGGAUGAGUAUUUUGAAAUCCAAUUGUGCUAUCCACUGGAUAGUAAUUUAUCCAGUGAAUAGCACUGUCCACCUAUUGAACACCUGGGGCUUGAUGAAUUUUCCCUUUGCUAGGACAUUGGCCCAGCUGCUGGCACUGGAGAUGAGGGCUACUUUGUGCCACCUGUCAAAGGUACCAGCCAGUCUCAGGUGAGUCUUUGUUCUAGUGGUUUCUUCGUUUCUUCUUAAAGCCUGGAUAUUUGUUUCUGCCAUCAUCAUUUUUACUCCCAUUUGUUUACACAGGUGUGGUGCACCAACUCCCAGCUUGCUGUUGAUCAUGUUCUGGCUGGAUCAUUUGAGAGUGCCAUGAGAGUGAGUUUUCUCCCUUAGUUUGUUGUAGGUAGUAAAACAAACAGUGCUCAAGGUCAAAAUUAAUUGAAGAUAAUGCAAGAUGUGUUUAUGUAUUUGUCAUUUUGUAAAGUACUGAAAAAAUAAUACAUUGCCGAAAAGGUUUCAUUUAAAGGGUAAUACCACAGGAUUUUGUUGACAAACUCAACCAUAAGACCAUUAUGUCCACAGGGUAAAAAUACUGAUGUCAUAGCUCUGAAAUUACUGUUUGCAUAUGGAUUUGUGUGGUGGUCUGAGUGAAGAAGAUUAUUGUAAAGCAGACAAAAAUACAUAUAUACAUUUUAUAGUUAAAAGGCCUGGUACAAAUACUCAGCUUUUACACUGAAACUUAUUUCAAACAAAGAAGGCUUUAAAAAGGCAGGGUUGUGAUCUUUAAACCCUCAAAUGAUAUAUUAUGGAGUGAUUGUAAAAAUAACUUGCGGUUAAUGCGAGUCGUCACAGUUUCCAGUUUAAUUUUUUAAUAAACUGGUUCAAGUUCCUAGGCUCGCUACAUUAACAAAAGUCUUACUCACCUGGUUUGGUUUCUUAUAACAUGCUGGGUCUUCAGACUUAAACAUCAAUUCUUUUAAAGUUAAACAACCCUGUUAUGUGUUUCACUCAUAUAUGUCCAAUGGUAGAGAAACACUGUUGCAUUCGAUAUCCCGUGGCAGUGAUUUGGGGAUAGUUUAAACUCUGUCGGGCACACAAGUGUCCAAAGGCGAAAUUUAUCCAAUUUCCUAAAUGGUUUUAAAACAGUACUUCAACAGGUGUUUCAGCCACCGACUCAAAAGUCAAAACAACAUAAAUUUACAUCUCCGUGUUGACCCUCGGAUUGUGAUGUAAAAUAAUUGAAGGUAAAUACAUGGGCAAAUUGUACUGACCACAGUUGUGUUUUCCUUUCAUGCAGCUUCUACAUGACCAAGUUGGUGUGGUUUUAUUUGAACCAUAUAAGCCGCUUUUCAUGCUGGCUUUUGGUCGUGGGAGAACAGCUCUUCCAGCCAACCCUGGAGGCCCACCAUUGUUAGGGCAUCCUCACAGAAACUGGUAAGAUGUUGGUGUCUUUAAAGAAUACAUUUUAAAAAUUUGCAAAACUUCUAAUUUCUUUUGUUAAAUCUAAAUUGCAUUUUUGUAUUUUUGAUUGUACAGUGCGACUACUGUAACUGGAACCACUAAAACAAAGUUGACCAAUCAGAUUACAGGAAGUAGCAAUACAUUCCGAGAAAGUUGGUUGUGGGCCAAUUAGCAACUCAUAAAAAAAACAAUAAGUUACUUGACGCUCAGCAUUUCAAUGUUGAUAGCAAACGUUUUCAAGAAAGAAAAAUGUUUCACCAGACGACGUUUUUCUAUUCUAAACGUUACAUACAACCUCAUGGAGACAUAUUUGUUUGACACAAGCUGUUGUUCAUCUACCAGCAAUUUCUUCACUACAAUUGCCGCUCUUUACAAUAACAUGCUCCUUUAAGUCAAUAAUAUAGCUAACAUUUAUGCUUUUUGCUUCUGUCAUUCACUCUAACGGACCUCUCCGGAAACACAGGCUUUCUUCAGUGGGUUCAAAGGUCACAUCUUCUGGUUGUAAUAAUUACAACCAAUCAACAAUUAUUGGUUGAUUUCGACCCAUGUUGUUGAUUUUGUAUCAUGGUGAUAACAUUAUGAUUGACAACUAACUUUCUUUGAAUGUAUUGUUAUUUUCCUGUAAUGCGAUUGGUCAACUUUGUCAAAGUAACCUUGGUUGUAGUAGUUGCACUGUAAAGUAAGAAAGUCCAAAAUCAUUCUGCUAUUAUUUGGUUUAGGAGUGAAAGUCUGUGGGUUUCUAUUAUUGUGAAACUCUGUUAUUGUACCCAAGUAGAUGCCAAUGCUAAACAAGAAGAACAAAACAAGAACAUAAAAAUUCUUACGGAGCCCGUAAAAAAGUGUUCUCUGUUUUCUUUCAAAACCCAAACUAGGCAGCUGCCAGGUUACUUUUGAGAAUGAAUUUUGCAUACGUUGCAUAGGUCUAAAUUCAGAGCUUAGUGUCAAAAAGGUCUUACUCACCAUUGAUUGAUUUUGUCUAUGUAGGAGAGAGGCUGGAGCCAAAGGUGGCCUACCAGCAGUAGGCCUUAAGCUAAACACACUUGUGCAGAGAUUACAGGUUAGUUCUUCCCAUUUUUACAAAAUUCGUGACUCUCUACAUUCCAGGUCAAGUUGCUCAAUGGAUAGUCUCCUACACAGCUGUUUUUUCUGUUGUAUGAGAAUCUAAUGUCAAAUAAUUUCUGUGAAACACAUGUUCUGAAAAAAGUGUGAAUUCUAAACUAAAGCAUAACAAAUUUUUGGGGCCAUACCUGUGCUUGAAUUUCUCCAGAUGCUUGCUUUAGAUUUUCUACAUAUUUGCUUGCAAUUUUCCCGGGAAAUUUUAGUUGGCAGCCAGAAAAAUUUUUACAGACAAAUACAUAGAAAAUUUUAAAAAGUGGCUCUAGUGCAUGCAGCUGCACGUAACACCCUAAAGAUUUUUCAGCAGAAUCCAUAGGAGUGAGGCUAAAGUAUACAGUUCAUAUUUUUUUCAGGACAGCUGUUUUACGGAAAUUGUUUGACACUAGAUUCUCAUACAAACACUGUAAUUUCUCACGCGGUUGCCUGCUUGUCACGAUGGCUUCUGAAACCGUGACAAGGUCUAUUUAGGACUUGACACGGUUACCAACUGCCGAAUCAACCCUUUUUGUUUCUAACAGGCUGCCUAUCAACUGACAACAGGUGGAAAGUUUCAGGAAGCAGUCCAAAAGUUCCAUGCAAUUUUGUUGAGCAUCACACUUCUGGUUGUUGACAGCAAACAGGAGAUCAGUGAAGCUCAGCAGUUGUUAGGAAUCUGUCGUGAGUAUAUUGUUGGACUACAGAUGGAAGUCAAUAGAAAGGAGCUACCUAAGGUGAGCACUGAGAAAUUAUUUGAUCAAAAAAUCCUGUGACAGUAUUCUGAAAGGUUAUGGGUGUGAUUCUCAUUGGGAAUUUUCUUUUUCUAGUUAGCCUGUGAUUUAUUAUUAUAUUGAGUGAUUACCGGGACUUGUAAUAGACACAUAAGAAACCAUGGAGCAGAUUCUUAUGAUUUAAGAGGAAGUGGUAAAGCUUGAAAUCACUGACGGUCUUUGAAAUGAUUACCUAAUUACUACACCCUAUAGAAACUCAUUAACUUGAAUCCCAAUAUUUAAAACUAAUUUUACUUUUCGUUUUGCUCAAUUUCCUGUGAAACAUAACUUUUCAACCUGCUAACUAGAAUCCCCUGCUUACUCACUCUAUUUUUCCGCUUUGGGAAUUCUCAGCCUCUCCGGCACUAACAUCAAAGUUUGUGUAUAUUAAAACAACUCCCUUUUUUCCACAGUCCACCCUUGAAGAACAGAAAAGGAUAUGUGAGGUUAGUCUUUACUAACAUUGCAAAUAAUUAUUUUUAAGGAAUAAAACAGUUUUCCAUAAUUAGUAUAAGUUUUGAGGGCAGUGCAUGCAUUUGGAAAUUUUCAUUUCUGCUCUUAGAGAAUUACAUGAUUCUGCCUCCAAAACCUCUGCAUUUUGAUUACAUUGGCAUUUCGUGAAACCCCUUACAUUUAUCAAAAAUCCCAGGGAAAAAGUAUUUGAAAAACUUUGUGGAGUGGUAACAAUAAUAGAUGUUAGAAUAUGUAAAUUUUAUGUGAUAGGCUGAUUAUUGACAUUGAUAUAGCCUAUGUGACACUUGUUUAUGAUAUCUAUACAUGAUCCUUGAGGUUAGAGCCUUAUAAUGUAGAAUCAGUCUAGCUAAAAGCCUUGAUUAAAGAGCACUUCACCAACUCCUGUAGAGCCUUUUAUGUCUCCUGUUAGUAGACCAAACAGGGUACCCUGCUUGUUACCGGUACCGUAGGAUCCUCAGUGAGGGAGCAAUAGGAAAACAACAUAUUUUACUCUGGUUUCACAUUGACAGCUGACCAUGAUAUUAUAUAAAAUUUAUUGCAGAUGGCUGCUUAUUUCACCCAUUGUAAUCUUCAGCCAGUGCAUCAGAUCCUUACACUCAGAACUGCUGUCAAUCUUUUCUUCAAGGUUUGAACCUCUCUCCUUACUAUUCUCUUUUGUUUAUGUGUUUAUUUAUAUGUUUAUGUCUAUUGUAUGUUUAUUAAUUUUAUGCUUUUUUUCAUAGUUGUGUUCUUUUUUUGUUUGUUACUUACUUGCAGUGUAUAUGGGAUGUACAUGUAGCCUUUUCUUUUUUUCCAUGCAGGCACUCUACCCGAUAGAUUUAAAACGAUAAAUUAUUUGUUCAUACUUAUUGGAUAAACAUGUCAUCAUUAAUUAUUAUUUUUUCUCUAUUAUAAUAAUAAAAAUAUUAUUAUUAUUAUUAUUAUUAUUAUUAUUAUUAUUAUUAUUAUUAUUAUUAUUAUUAUUAUUAUUAUUAUUAUUAUUAUUAUUGUAAAAUUCUUAUCAUUAUUAUAUUUUGCAGCUUAAGAACUUCAAGACAGCUGCUUCAUUUGCACGCCGGCUGUUGGAACUAGGACCCCGCCCUGAUGUGGCAACCCAGGUUAGUUGGGUACUAUUAAAAUGUGCAAGUGUUGUUAAGAGUUAGCUGCAAUGCAAUAUUAUUGCCUUUGAAAGUAGCAAUGGAGCCUUUUCACAGAAUGUCAUGUCAGCCAUGUUGGUUUCCCAGAAAAAUAAACGGGCAGCCAUGUUGGUGUCCCACACUAAUCCUGCGGGAGUUGAACUCUUUUCUUUUGUAAACACUUUCUGUGAUCGCAGUAAAUAAAUAAAUUUGCAUAUGUGCUGGCCCAGGAAUGAAAACACUUCAUAAGCUACAGUAUUAUAGGGUAUGUGACAUUACUUUAAAGCUGCAAAAUGUAUAAAUAAUGGUGUUGUAGUCUUUUGAAAACACUUAUUGCAGUGCCUUUUAAACUUGUGCAGUUGUUGUUUUUGAGAAUUUAUUUUGUUAAAGCAGUAUUAACAGAUUUUUAGAUUUGUACAAAAAUACCCAUGUAAUAAUUUCAUUAAUGUUGCAUAGUCUGUCAGCUAUUAAAAAGGAUUUGUUGUUGUUAUAGAUUCGCAAGAUCCUCCAAGCCUGUGACAAGAAUCCAACGGAUGCACAUGUACUUCAGUAUGAUGAACACAACCCAUUCACAAUCUGUGGAUCCUCUUACAAACCUCUUUACAGGUGUGUUUGAAACUUUUCUCAAUAUCUUGUGUUGGUGCACAAAAGUUGAUUAGCCUUUAAGCCACAAGACGUUAAUAAUCAAAAUGCGAUUCAAAAUGUAAAUGUCAUUCUUAAAAUGCAAAGAAGCAAAAUAAUGUAAUACCAUACAAAAGUGCUACCGGCAGAGUGAGGUUGAUUUGAAUUAAGGGUUCUCCAGUAAUGUAAUGCAGAAGGACUUUAUGAGCACAGCCCUUUCACAAUCAGUGGAUCCAGCUCUUAGAGAUUACAUAACAUUUUGAGCAACCAGAGAAUGAAUUAAUUUUUGUCGUGAGGAUGGCACCUUCAUUUGCCCAGCGUAUUUUGUAUUUCUUUGUCUUUAUCAAACAAAUGUGUUGAGAAACAAUAUUACAGCAGAUGCAUUUUCCCACUUAAAAUUACCUUCAGGGAGAAGACUAUGCUUCAGUGACAACUAGAUGUCAAUAUUUUCGCUGGUCACUGGAGCUUCUAGCAAACCCUUUUGAAUGGUCACACCACAGAAAAUUGUUCCCCAACUCUAUCCAAACCUAUCACUUGUCAGACUAUUAAAGCACUGAAAAGGUUGAGGUUCUGGUCAACAUCUGUAGAGAGAAGGGUAUGACAUCACACUACUAUGGUAGCAAAAUGUGUGGAUCUCAACAGUCUUUGUUGAUGGAGAAGGCCAUUUGCAUUGUCAAAUGAUACAAGAAAAGUAUGGGCUACUGUUUUGUUCCUUACUGCAAUCAUGCACAGGAAAGUCAUAAAUGUCAAUUGUUUUCGUUUUUUUUUUCUUGCCAUAUUUGCAGGAGGUCGGUUUGUUAAGAUCCAGAAAUUUUGAUGCCAUGGCUUCUCUCUGUUGGAGGGAUGACGGGUGUUAACAACUUAUUUCUCUUUGAAUUCUCAAAAACCAGCUUUUUGUUUGUCUAUUCAGGGGCAAGCCCCAGGACAAAUGUCCUCUCUGUCAAGCUUCAUACUGUCCAGAAUUCAAAGGAACCAUCUGCGGUGUUUGUAAGGUAGCAGAGGUCGGUAAAGAUGCUAUUGGUCUCAGAGUGAGCCCACUGCAGUUCAGAUGAAGUUGUUCAGGAGAACUUAGGCCCAAUACUUUAAAUUACCAGAAGUGCUUAAUUUGAUGUUUAAAGAACAAAGCUGUUAGUCAGCAUCCAUAGACUGAGAUGUGGGAACAUCUGCAUAUUAAGAAUUCUUCCUUCCUUUUAUAUCAAACUAAAGAAAAAAAGGGAAUGCCGUAUGUUUCUUUUCUCCAGGGUGGAGGAAACAUAUUUGUUAACUAAGUAAAAAAAAACUGCUAUAAAAUUUAUGAGACACAACUAAGCAGGGCAAGAGUGAAACUGCCAAAUAAUGCAAAAGCUUGCCUUCAUUGCAACUUUCAUUCUUCUCUUUAGUUGAUUUUCAUUGUUUUGCAUUUUUCAAGUCUAAUCAUACAUAAACAAAUAAUAAUAGAUACACUUUGAAUUUUCUUCGGUAAUCUUUGUUUUAAAAUAACCUUGCUGUUUAGUGGUGUCUAUCUGAUAGUCUUUCUGAUGGAGAAUUAUAAUCACAAUAAUUUCAACUUGUGGUCUAAUAUCCUCUGUCUCCAAAUAUGUGCCAAGUGGCAUUAAAUCUUACACAGAUAUUGCUCUGUUCAUACCAUCAAAACUAAUAACCAUUACAUGAAAAGGUACCAAAAAAAUAAUAUUUCCAAGUCGAAACAAAAACCCCAAAGCCAUUUCUUAGUUGUUUCAAGCCUUUCUUUGAAACAAGUGUGGAGCUGCAUUUUUCAAAAAUGAGGGGUUUUGGAUCAGAAAUGGCCUAUAUCCAGUUAGUAGCAUAGCAGUAUGUGUUGCAUGUUCCUAAUUAUAGAAAUAAUGAUAUAAUGUGAUCAGAAUAAU